AUGCAGUUAUACACCGGACUACCCAUAAUUACGAACAAGAUCACUGUGGAGGAGCAACAAGGCAUUCCUCAUCAUCUUCUGGGGUGCAUAGGACUUCACGAGCAGACGUGGGUGGUAGGAACCUUUGUUCGACAUGCUUUGAAGAUAAUUGAAGAGAUUCAUGCAAGAGGAAGACUGCCAAUCCUGGUGGGAGGAACACACUACUACACACAAAGUCUGCUGUUUCGAGAUCGUCUUACUGAACAGGAUGAUGAACACACCAAGCAUGAAUUCGUGGACAGUACCGCAGAAAAGUGGCCUAUCCUGCAAGAAUCGACUGAAACACUACUGGCAGAGCUAAGCAGGGUCGAUCCAGCCAUGGCAGAGAGGUGGCAUCCAAAUGACAGGCGAAAGAUUAAGCGUAGUCUAGAGAUCUAUCUACAGACUGGUAGAAAAGCGUCCGAGAUAUACAACGAGCAAAGGCAGCGCAGAAACAGCGAGCCUGAUGAACCACAGUCUGGGGAAGUGGAAAGCAUGCGCUUCCCGACUUUGAUGUUCUGGAUCAACUCAGAGCCGGAAGCACUACGAGCACGCCUGGAUGGACGAGUAGACAAAAUGCUCGACUCUGGCUUGCUUCAAGAAGUAGCAUCGCUCGAUAACUUUGCCGACUCUGAAACCGCAAACGGUCAUGCCCCCGACCAGACGAGAGGGAUUUGGGUCAGCAUUGGGCACAAGGAAUUCAAGGAGUACUCCGCCGCUUUGAAGGCGGGUAUCAGCGAUGAGCAGCGUCUUGAAGCUCUGAAGCUCGAUGCUGUGGAAAGGACCAAGAUCGCAACACGGCAGUAUGCAAAGCGACAGUUGAAGUGGAUCAGGAUCAAGCUCGUCAACGCACUGGUCGAGGCAAAGUUGGACAGGCAGCUCUAUCUCCUAGAUGGGACUGAUGUCGCGGCUUACAAUGAGACUGUAGUACAUCCGGCAUUGGAACUGAUGAGCCAGUUCGUUCAAGCUGAGGAUAUGCCUCUGCCGGAAUCUCUCUCGCCCCUCGCUGCUGAUCUGCUGGUUCCGAAACGAGACUAUGACCUUGCUGCGAGGCCGGAAUUCUGGACAAAGCAACAUUGCACGGCCUGUGAUGUCACUUGCGUGACUCCUGUACAGUGGCAGCAGCAUACUCGAAGCAAAACUCAUAAGAAGCUGGUAAGCAAGCAGAAGCUUGCUGAGAGAUCCUUGGACGCAGCGCCUCCUCGGGUCGGAAAUAUCUGA